AUGGAAGUGAACAAAGAAGAAGCCAUAAGAUGUUUAUCGAUAUCAUCUCGACACCGUUCAAGUUCAAACUUACCUUCUGCACUGAAAUUCGCCAAGAAAAGCGUCGCCCUGUAUUCUACGCCAGAAGGUGAAGCUAUGAUCAUCGCUAUACAAAGAGAAAUCGAAUCAGGUGGAAGUAGCAGCAGCAGCAGCAGUAGUAACUCACAGUCAACAUCAACUCCCAAACCAAAUGGAACGACAACGACAAAUGGGGAGACUAAAGGAAAAGCAAGUGGGGUAGAAGAACAUGUCACUUCUGCACAUACAAGACCUGGUCAUGGAACGGGAUCUUCAACAAAAUCAGAUCCUACAGCUGCACCGAAAAAGAGUUAUACAGCGAAACAGAUGGAAGUUGUCAAAAGAGUAAAAGGAUGUAAACAGCAUGAAUAUUAUGAAAUAUUAUCAGUGGAAAAGAGUUGUACGGAGAAUGAUGUAAAGAAGGCUUACAAAAAGCUUGCACUCGCCCUUCAUCCUGAUAAGAAUAAUGCCCCUGGAGCAGAUGAAGCUUUCAAAAUGGUAUCAAAAGCGUUUCAAGUACUCUCAGACCCUAAUAUGAAAGCAGCCUUCGAUCAGAACCCAUCUUACGAUCCCACUUCACGUAAUCCUGGAAUGGGUGGUGGAGGUGGAGGAGGAGGGGGGAUGAGAGGGUUUGGUGGUGGUGGUCCGGGAAUGUAUCAGACUGAAAUUAACCCAGAAGAUCUGUUCAACAUGUUCUUUGGAGGAGGUGGUGGCGGUGGUGGUUUCGGCGGUGGAUCACCAUUUGGUCAAGCGAACGUGUUCACGUUUGGCGGACCAGGUGGAUUCCAAGCACAAUACAACAGACCCCGAAGACCCACGACAAGAGCCGGUGGUGGAGAUAACAAUAAUGAAGCAUCACCUAUAGUGGCUUUGUUACCGAUAAUCAUCUUAUUCUUAUUCGCUUUCAUCUCAAUCAUACCUUCUUUAUUCCAAUCACAGCAAAUACCAGAUCCACAAUACUCUUUUGAACCUUCAACGAAAUUAGAUCUAACGAGGGAGACCAAUAACUGGCAUGUCAAAUAUCAUCUGAAUUCAAAAGAAUGGGAAAAUUCCGAAAUAUAUAAAUCAAUUCCCGAUAAUAGAAAAAAUAAACUAAAUGAAAAUCUUUAUUCAUCAAAAUUGAGAGGUUUCGAAAGAGGUAUAGAAAAUGUUUAUGCUAGAAGAUUACAAAAUGAGUGCCAAUACUUCUUGGAUCUCAAGCAACAACGUAUCAAUGAGAAUUCAGGAUUUUUCGGUAUAGGUGCUAAUACCGAUAAAUUGAAAGAGAUAAGACAACAAAGAAGUCCAGCUUGUGAACAAUUGAGAAAAUGGGGAUUGACCUCUCAGAACGCUUGGUAG